AGCGGGCGGGGCUAGUGUUGCCGCCCCCUCCCCUCCUGUGGGCGGAGCCAGUCGUCGUCCGCUAGCUGACAAAGAAAAUCUGCUGUUUCAUGUCUGAUCCAGUUUCCAUCAAAGCAAGGCGUCCUCGUGCACAGGAUAGGUUUCCAUGGCGGUGAGACUGAGUGUGGAGAGGUGCACACACAGGGAGUCGGUCCAAACAUGCUGACCUAUGUGGCCCAAGGGUUUGAAUGACACAUCAGCCAUCCAGUCAUGAUGUUCCGGAGGAAGCUGUGGGUUGCCGUGGUAAUUGCUGCCAUUCUCUUCCUCAUGCUCGCCAGUCAGAGUAUCCAGAAGAGACACUUCCUGCUUUUGUCCUCAGCCACUCCCACCGGCCGGGCCACGCCCUCCAAAGGUUCAAGCAGCAGCGAUGUGGAAGUUGCUCCUGCUGAGCUGACCCCUGACCCCCCAAGGAAUCCGCUAAACCCCAUCCUCACGCAGUCUCACCCCAGGCUGGAGUCUGCAGCUGAUUCCCAGAAUGCACUGAGACCGUGUGGUUGUGCUGAGUCCUGUGUUUCAGACCUGCAGGGGUCAGACUGGUUCAGCCAACGUUAUGACCCCCACCAGCAGCCUGUGCUCCGUAACACAAACAGGGAUCUGGACCCUGAGGCCCUCAGGUGGUGGCUGGGUCUUCAGCGGUCCAAUAACGGCCAGACUUUGGAGGACGUGUUGUCAAAGAUGUUCAAGGUCAUUUCGUCACCCACUGUGGACUUUAUACCACUCCCCUCCCGUUGCCGUCGUUGUGCUGUGGUCGGCAAUUCUGGUAACCUGAAGUGGUCUGGACACGGCAGUCUGAUUGAUUCUCACAGCUACAUCAUCAGGAUGAACAAGGCUGUGACACAUGGAUUUGAGAAUGAUGUUGGGAAUCGUACCACGCAUCACUUCCUGUACCCAGAGAGUGCUGUGGACAUUGGAGAUGGCGUCGGUCUUGUUCUUCUGCCCUUCAAACUCAGAGAUCUGGAGUGGUUGACCAGCGCUCUGUCCACUGGAGAGAUCAAAAUGACCUACAUGAGGGUUAAAGACCGGAUCCAGGCUGAUAAAGACAAGGUUUUGGUGGUGAACCCGGUGUUUUUUAAGUAUGUUCAUGAGCAUUGGACCGAGCAUCAUGGCCGUUAUCCGUCCACCGGCAUGCUGGCCAUCAUCUUCGCUCUGCACACCUGUGACCAGGUGUCGGUCUUUGGCUAUGGUGCUGACCAGAAUGGGAACUGGCAUCAUUACUGGGAGGAGAAUCGCUACGCUGGUGCUUUCAGGAAGACGGGCGUCCACAGUGCUGACUUUGAAACGCAGGUCAUCCAGCGCCUCGCCAAGGAGGGCAAGAUCAGCCUGCACCUGUGACCUGACCACCGACCAGAUCUGCAGACCGACCUACAGAAUGUAGUCAUCUUCUGAUCGACAGAAUGACCUACAGGUUCUAGAUAUCUGACCUGCACAAUAGCCUAUCAACAGACAGACAGCCUGACCUACGUACAGACCUCCAGCUUACCUACAGGUUGGUCUAUGCACCUUCAUACUGACCUACAGACCUUUAGACUGACCUACUUACAGAUGUACAUGGACUGACCUACAGAUCUACUUACAGAUCUACAUGGACUGACCUACAGAUCUACUUACACACCUUCAGAGACUGACCUACAGACUUCCAGAUCUACUUACAGACGUACAGAGACUGACCUACAGAUCUACACAGACUGACCUACAGAUCUACUUACAGACCUUCAGAGACAGACCUACAGAUCUACUUACAGACCUAUAGAGACUGACCUAUAGACCUUCAGAUCUCCUUACAGACCUACAGAGACUGACCUAGAGAUCUACUUACAGACCUUCAGAGACUGACCUACAGAUCUUCUUACAGACCUACAGAGACAGACUUCCAGAUCUACUUACAGCCCUACAGAGACUGACCUACAGAUCUACUUACAGACCUACAGAGACUGACCUACAUAUCUACUCACAGACCUACAGAGAUUGACCUACAGACUUUUAGCCCUACAGAGACCGACCUACAGAUCUACUUACAGACCUUCAGAGACUGACCUACAUAUCUACUCACAGGCCUACAGAAACUGACCUACAGACUUCCAGAUCUGCUUACAGCCCUACAGAGACCGACCUACAGAUCUACUUACAGACCUACAGAGACUGACCUACAGAUCUACUUACAGACCUUCAGAGACUGACCUACAGAUCUGUUUACAGGCCUACAGAGACUGACUUACAGACCUUCAGAUCUGCAGGCUGACCUACAGACCUACAGAUCUACUUGCAGAUCUUCAGAGACUGACCUACAGAUCUAUUUACAGGCCUACAGAGACUGACUUACAGACCUUCAGAUCUGCAGGCUGACCUACAGACCUACAGUUCUACUUACAGACCUUCAGAGACUGACCUACAGACUUCCAGAUCUACUUACAGGCCUACAGAGACUGACUUACAGACCUUCAGAUCUGCAGGCUGACCUACAGACCUACUUACAGACCUACAGAGACUGACCUACAGACCUACAGAUCUACUUACAGACCUACAGAGACUUACCUACAGAUCUACUUACAGACCUUCAGAGACAGACCUACAGAUCUACUUACAGACCUAUAGAGACUGACCUAUAGACCUUCAGAUCUCCUUACAGACCUACAGAGACUGACCUAGAGAUCUACUUACAGACCUUCAGAGACUGACCUACAGAUCUUCUUACAGACCUACAGAGACAGACUUCCAGAUCUACUUACAGCCCUACAGAGACUGACCUACAGAUCUACUUACAGACCUACAGAGACUGACCUACAUAUCUACUCACAAACCUACAGAGAUUGACCUACAGACUUCCAGCCCUACAGAGACCGACCUACAGAUCUACUUACAGACCUUCAGAGACUGACCUACAUAUCUACUCACAGGCCUACAGAAACUGACCUACAGACUUCCAGAUCUGCUUACAGCCCUACAGAGACCGACCUACAGAUCUACUUACAGACCUACAGAGACUGACCUACAGAUCUACUUACAGACCUUCAGAGACUGACCUACAGAUCUGUUUACAGGCCUACAGAGACUGACUUACAGACCUUCAGAUCUGCAGGCUGACCUACAGACCUACAGAUCUACUUACAGAUCUUCAGAGACUGACCUACAGAUCUAUUUACAGGCCUACAGAGACUGACUUACAGACCUUCAGAUCUGCAGGCUGACCUACAGACCUACAGUUCUACUUACAGACCUUCAGAGACUGACCUACAGACUUCCAGAUCUACUUACAGGCCUACAGAGACUGACUUACAGACCUUCAGAUCUGCAGGCUGACCUACAGACCUACUUACAGACCUACAGAGACUGACCUACAGACCUACAGAUCUACUUACAGACCUACAGAGAC